UCAGGAUAGCGCGGUUUGGUGGUGAAACAAGAUGGCGGCUUGGACUAUCUGAACAAAUCGGCGAGUAUUUUACAACAAAAGUGACCUUUUCUUUGAAAACUGAACGAAUAUCUUGAUCAAUUAAACGAUAUGCCAGUCUUCUGUGGCAACUGCGGCGGUAAGGCAGUUCUGAAAAGACCGAAAACGGGUGCAACGUUGUGCAAGGAUUGCUUCUACACUCUGUUUGAGACCGAAGUACACGAGACCAUUAUUGCAAAUAACUUAUUUACUGAAGGAGAGGUUGUGGCGAUAGGAGCGUCAGGAGGCAAAGAUUCAACAGUGCUUGCAUAUGUUCUCAAGACCCUGAAUGAGCGCUAUAACUAUGGGCUCAAGCUCCUCCUCCUGUCUGUAGAUGAGGGGAUCACAGGGUAUAGAGAUGACUCAUUAGAGACUGUCAAAAGGAAUGAGAUCCAGUAUGAUAUGCCUCUUCAGAUAGUCUCAUACGAGGAAUUGUAUGGAUGGAGUAUGGAUGCAAUAGUCAAACAAAUUGGUCUGAAAAACAACUGUACUUUUUGUGGAGUCUUUCGCAGGCAAGCCCUCGAUAGGGGUGCAAUGCUGCUUAAAGUCAACAAGAUCGUAACAGGGCAUAAUGCUGAUGAUAUCGCGGAGACUGUUAUUAUGAAUGUUUUGCGAGGAGACAUUGCUAGGCUUCGACGUUGCACUGCAAUCACCACAGGAACAGAAGGCGCUAUUCCUCGAUGCAAACCCUUCAAGUACACCUACGAAAAAGAGAUAGUCAUGUAUGCAUAUUUUAAGAAAUUGGACUACUUCUCAACGGAAUGUAUCUAUUCUCCGAAUGCUUACCGCGGCCAUGCACGCACAUAUCUCAAGGACCUGGAGAAGAUACGACCAAGCUCUAUAAUAGAUAUCAUUUACUCUGGAGAACGAUUGUCUGUGAAGAAAGAUGUGAAGAUGCCUGUCCAGGGUAAAUGCACCAGGUGCCAAUACAUCUCCAGUCAACCGCUAUGCAAGGCGUGUGUUCUGCUAGAAGGACUAAACAAGGGGAUGCCAAGACUUGGGAUUGGCAAGACCCAUAAAGUACAGCGAGAUGCCGCCCUCUCGUCAAGUCAAGGAGAGUCCAUUACCGCACAGAAGACAACCUGCGCAUGCUCACGUCCUAAAGCUGGCUGUGGGAAAAGCAAUGACUACCCCUCCCCUUCUAACAAUACAGUUGGCGCUUGUGCACACUCCGGGGCUGAAUGUAAUGGUAACAGUGCUCGCUCAGAUCGCCCUUCAAGGACUGGCUGUGCUUGUAAACACUCGGUCAAGGAAAGCUCAAUGUCAACAUUAGACUUUUAACACCUGUAUUUAUUAUGACUCUUGGAAUAUUUAUUAUGUGUUUCGGAAGCUCCAGGCUGUCUAGCUACAAGUCCUACUCCUAUACUUUAUACACUGACAUUUAAGAACAUCGUUCAUAACAUUUUCAGCCUAAAAAUGCUCCAAAUAUAAAAACGGCCUUCAACUAAAAGUUAUACUUUCUUAAAAAAAUAUGUAGACGGCAAAACCAACGGAGAGCACUAUCCCUGUGGACUAUUUUGAUAUGAGCUCCAAACCUUGAAAAGUUUUCCGGGAUUUUUAUUUGAUACGUGCAAAAUUUAGCUUCCGCCAAAGGCAUCUCGAGUGUGUUUUUUUUUUUUUUGUAUUUUUUAUGAAUUGUCCACUCUGUGAUACUAUUCAUGGAAGAGAGGAGACUAAGGGCGAGUUGAACCGCAACCGGAAGCCGGAUUUCUUGAUCACGCCACAGGAAGUCUAAAAUCGAUAAAAGCCCUUUUUCCCAUAAAAGGCCUGCGGAGGAGGGUAUACAAAAUCAAGAAUGCAGAAGAGGGCUGCUUCGCCUUGCCACGCUUUCACCACGACAUAUAUAUACCUGGCUUGCACUCCAUGUGCGAAGAAGGAAUAUCUGUUUUCAGUAAAGAUUUAGAAACAGCUGUACUUUAACCAUAACGAGUCACGCCGUAGUGAUAGUUAGGUCUGUUUAUAAGGGGUAACGAUGGGUAAAUCCGAGACUUGCCGAGACGCCGAGACCCGCGUUUAUUUUGUCAUGAAAAAAGAAUAAGUAGAUUUACAAAUCUUGCUAAAGUAGCUUAAGUUUCUGUUUAGAGCGGAAUGGCUCAAAACUCGAGACUCGAAAAAGAGGGAAAUCCGUAGCAUAGUAAACAUAAAGCAGAUCUCGUUUAACAGAGACUCAGAAUCCGAGAUCGCGUUUGAAAAUCCGAGGUAAAAAAAAAAAACACGAGGCUUCGAGAACCCUAAAAUAUUGAAAAAAAAAAAAAAAGAAACGAUAUUUUUGCGAGACGAAAUUUCGAGGACCCAUCGCUACCCCUUUAAUAAGUGAGUAAUUUCUAAUAAAAUUUACCUUGGUAUACAACCAGGGAAUGUCA